AUGAGUACUGCCAAAUUAUUCAAAUGUCUGUGGCAGGAGCGCGAGUCACAAAAAGAAGGCGAGGAGCACCUUCUUCCAGACCAACUAAGUCUAGCAAAGCCCGCUCGUGCGAAGCAUGUCGGCAAAGCUCAGUCAAGUGCCGAGCAAACUGCACGCGACGCGCCCAUGAGCCUUAUCCAAGAGAUUCGUGAAAACAUCACACUUCAUCGACAACCAUUGAAAAUCCAAGACCUCUCGGAGGAUGUGAUAAUAAGUGGAGUAAUUUCGGAGCAAACUGCGAGUAUACUUCUCAAAGGAUUUUCGAAAUUGUCUAGUCGCUGGUUAUUCAUGAGCAUUAAACCCUCGGACUUGCGUGCCAAAUCACCUUUACUUUUCGGAACCUGCAUACUUGCUGGACUCCACAUCACCCCGUCAUUGCACGGAUCAUCAACACAUCAAGCAUUGUACAGCCAUGUCCAUGGACUUCUAAGCCAGGCACAAUCUGCUUCCGCAGUGUCACUCGAUACUACCCAAGCGAUGUUGAUAUUUUCGAUGUGGGAUCUGAGACCAACGAGAGACCACGAUCAUGGUAACUCAUGGCUUUUGAGUGGAACUGCGGCUAUGCAGGUCAUGAUCACUACAUCUUUUGAAUCUCUCUUGCAGACAAACAAUGCUCACGAACAAAUUCAAGCACGAGACAUUUUACGCACUUGGAAUUUGAUAUGCCUCUGUCAGCUACAGUUUUCAGUUGGCUCGGGUCGCCCACCUGUCAUUGCGAGCCAGUACUUUGAUCAGUGCGCAAAGGUUCUCGAGUUCCCAUGCUAUAACUCGAGAGAUGAACUUGUCCUCUGUGGUGUGAAUCUUUAUCGAACGCUCUGGGGAUUAAUAAGCUCCAAUUUAGUCCAAAGGGAUGUUCCAGCUUGGCCUGGCAUUGAACAGCUUCGCAAGUCACAAGAACACAUUUACAAUCUCGAUUCCUCAGAGCCUCUGCGCUUCGCUUAUUCAUGCGCUUACUUGAUCCUCGCUCAUCGGACUCUUCAGCAUAUACACGAGUCUCCACCCGACAGCUCAGGGAGCUGUAAAGUAACAUCGGAAAGUGAUAACUCAAUUCUAUUUAUUGAAUUCGCUAUAUACCACGCCAGGCAGAUAUUGGUUCUUUUCCUAUCGAUGUCAGACCUCACAACUUGCAUUCAUCCCGCAUACGAGAAUCUCCUAUGCUCAUUCGCAAUGGUGACUUUGGCCGAAUUCGUAAUCCACGUACCAGGCAUUGACGAGAUUAUCCGGCUAAUGGAGCAAUGUAUCUCUCAUAUCCAGCAGGGUGGUAAGGCAGAACCCGUGAGCAAGUGGUCUAUGAACGUGAUCAAGCAACAUGUCAAUGGGAAAAAUGAGAUGGAUACCUUGAUAUCAGAGAGCACCGAAGAUACAGAGCCAUUUAUGUCAUGGGUUGAAAGUGAGUGGAACAUGGACUCGGAGUUUCCUUCUCUUGAGGAUAUGUUUUUUGGUAAUGUAGUUUAA